AUGGUAGGUGGAGCUCGCAGUGACUCCUUGGACUACAGAACAGAGCUUCUAUCUCCAACUCCAGAGGGAGAAACAGUUAUAGUACCAAUUGGGCAGUCAUGGAAGCUCAAUUUCGAUGACUUUCGGUUACCAGAGCAACAGUACCCCCGAAUUCGAUUCGGAAACUUAUUUACUCUCAGGAAAAAAAGAAAGAUUGCUAAGUACUACAGGAAGCAAGAAAACCUUGUGAAAGGUUUCAAUGAAAUGGAGACAAUGACUGAAUUGGGUUGUUUGCCUGGAAGUCUCACAGAGGGGGAACAGAAGGAGCUUGCAAAGAGUGAAAAGACAGCAAUAUAUGCAUCAAACAUAGCAAACCUAGUGCUUUUCAUUGCAAAAGUGUAUGCUUCCACUGAAAGCAGAUCCUUGGCAGUGAUUGCAUCUACUCUGGACUCUCUUUUGGAUCUCUUAUCAGGCUUCAUUCUAUGGUUUACUGACUAUUCCAUGAGAAAUCCUAACCAGUAUAGAUAUCCAAUUGGCAAGAAGAGGAUGCAACCAGUGGGUAUUGUUGUUUUUGCUUCAAUAAUGGCAACUCUAGGGUUCCAGAUAUUGUUGGAGGCUGUGCGGCAACUCAUUGAAAAGUCUCAACCCUCUUUGGACCGUAAGAAAGAGAAAUGGAUGAUAGGAAUAAUGGUUUCCGUUACAAUCGUAAAAUUUAUGCUGAUGAUAUUUUGCCGAAGAUUCAAAAACGAAAUUGUUCAAGCCUAUGCUCAAGACCAUUUCUUUGAUGUGAUUACCAACUCAACGGGUCUAGUAUCGGCCGUCCUUGCAGUUCGAUAUUAUUGGUGGAUUGAUCCCACGGGAGCUAUAGUAAUAGCUUUAUACACAAUGAGUACAUGGGCGAGGACGGUUUUGGAGAACGUACGGUCAUUAAUAGGGCGAACUGCGCCGCCGGAUUAUUUAUCAAAACUAACAUAUUUAGUAUGGAACCACCAUAAAGAGAUCAAACAUAUUGAUACAGUUAGGGCCUAUACAUUUGGAUUUCACUACUUUGUGGAGGUAGACAUAGUCCUACCAGAGGACAUGCCUCUAAUUCAAGCACAUAAUAUUGGUGAGGCACUCCAAGAGAAGCUUGAGCAACUCCCAGAGGUGGAGAGAGCUUUUGUUCAUAUAGACUUUGGGUUCACUCACAAGCCUGAACAUAAGCCCAAGGACUAGUGAUGAUGAUGAAGAUGAAGAAGAUGAUGCAUUCUCAUGGUGAGCCUUUGUUUUAUGAGGAGCUUGAUCCAUUAGUGAAGCAUUUUAGAUUGUUUGAAUAUGCUGUAGCCAAUUUAAAUUUGGUACUCUUCAUGAGGACUUCAUCAUAUGAGCUCAUAAGAAGUGGCAUGUAGCAAAAUAAAUGAUACCUAAAGAACCAGUUUGUGAUCACCAUAGUUGGGCUUUUAUCUGGGCUUGUACUGCACUCUCUUUGUGAUAAUCUUAUUUUGAGAUUGAGAUGGUUUCAUUAUGUUUUGAAAUUAUGAGUGGUCAUAAAUGGCUCAUA